GAGAGUGGUUUGUCUCCUUUCGGUUUCCGUAGUUCAGAGAUAAACAUGGCCGAGUAUUCCUGUGUCAAGAAAACGAAGCUGGUUCUGAAGGGAACCAAAUCAAAAAGUAAGAAAAGCAACAAAGAUAAAAAAAGAAAAAGAGAAGAAAAUGUUGAGGAUCAGCUUGAUAUUGUUGAAGGCUGGUGGAAAGUAAAAAACUUUGGUGAAAUCACAGGAACUGUAGCAAUUGAAAUGGGCCUUGGAACAUAUAUCAGUGCUCUUGACAAUGGUCUCUUUACUCUUGGGGCCCCUCACAAAGAUGAAGGCCCUAGCCCACCUGAACAAUUUACUGCUGUCAAGCUGUCUGAUACAAGAAUUGCUUUGAAGUCAGGCUAUGGCAAAUAUCUUGGCAUUAAUUCAGAUGGAUUGGUUAUUGGGCGUUCUGAUGCAAUAGGUUCAAGAGAGCAGUGGGAGCCCGUAUUUGAAGAGGGGAAAAUGGCUCUGUUAGCAGCAAACAGCUGCUUUAUCAGCUGUAAUGAAGAAGGUGAUAUAGUAGCCAAAAGUAAAACAGCAGGAGAUGAGGAAAUGAUUAAGAUCAGAAUGUGUGCAGAAAGAGAAGCCAAGGAAAAAGAUGACAUUCCAGACGAAGAUAAAGGAAACAUUAAGCAAUGUGAAAUAAACUAUGUGAAGAAAUUCCAGAGUUUUCAAGAUCGCAAACUCAAAGUAAGCCAAGAAGAUAGUAAAGUCCUGAAAAAAGCUAGGAAAGAAGGCUCUUUUCAUGAGGCAUUGUUGGACAGGAGAUCAAAAUUGAAAGCUGAUCGAUACUGCAAGUAGCUGAAACGACAGCUGUCUAUAUUCCCUCUGUUGGUGGCUCUUUUGUUGGUGACUCUUUUGUAUAUAAAUUGUUUUUAAAAUCAUUCUGGUUGGAAUAAAUUUCAAUCACUCUGAAA